AUGCUUUCAUUUGUUUUAAAACUGAACAUAAGAGAUUUCGUAUUCGUAUCAGAAUCGUAUGUAGAACCUAAAGAAGUUGUUAUUGGCCAACGUUUAAACAAAAUAAUUAAAAAAGGUUUGUCUAUUCUUGAACCUAUUAACUGUACUGAACAACUUAUACCAUUGAGAAAAGUCCUCAAAAAAUUUUUUUGUCUUGAAAAUGUACUUCGUGAAACUUUGGACCAUUUGGCUAACUUCAGAAUGAUAAAACGAGAAAAAAUUGAAACUAAAUGUAAUGAACCCAAACUAACAAUUCUUUAUAAAGAUGGAAGAUUGUAUGCUUUAAAGAAACAGAAAAUAAAAUGUUUUAAGUUAAUAAAUGAAGAAAAUGAACUGCAACACAUUGGUUUACCAGUUACAACAAAACAUGAAGUCGCUGCAAAGUUGUCACAAGGUGUGACAGUUGGUAGAAUAUUGGAUAAUUUUAGGGAUAACAUUGGAAACAAUUUGAAAAGAGAAGACCUAAUUACUCGGGCUGAUCUUCAUAACAUCAAGCAUCAGUAUAAUAUAUCAAUUCAGGACGGUCAAUUGCAUAAAGAUGAUUCCACAAGUGUGGAUAUUUGGGUUGAACAAAUGAAAGAGCAAGGCGAUAAUAAUCCAGUUCAAUACUAUAAAAAACAAGGAGUUCUUGAUAUAACUGGAAAAUUAGAAGUAAAUGAUUUUUGUUUAAUUAUAAUGGACCCUGGUCAAAUGCACUUGCUACAAAAAUUUGGACAAGGAAAAGUAGUAUGUCUUGACGGGACCCACGGACUUAAUGGAUACGAUUUUGAAUUAGUUACCUUAAUGGUUAUAGAUGACUUUGGUUCAGGGUUUCCAUGUUGUUUUAUGUAUACUAAUUUGAAAGAUACAAAAAUAUAUACUGUUAUGUUCACAGUUAUUCAUGAUGUCACAGGUAUAAUAAAACCCCAAACGUUUAUGACUGAUAUCGUUGAAACUUUUUAUUCGGCAUGGGAAACUGUAAUGGGUCCAGUUCCACAUCGCAUUUUUUGUUCAUGGCAUGUCGAUAAAGCCUGGAGACAAAAUUUAAAUAAAAUUAUUGGACCUCAGCGUAAGGAAAAACAAUCAACGGUUUAUAAAUCAUUGAAAAUGCUUCAAACAAUAUCUAGUGACACUGAAUUCAAAAAAAUUUUAACCAAAUUUAUUAUUGAAAUGAUGAAUGAUCCUGAAACCAAAGAUUUUGGAGUAUAUUUUGAACGAAUGUAUGCAAAUAGAGCAACAUUAUGGGCAUAUUGUUACAGAAAAGGACUGGGAGUAAAUUGCAAUAUGCAUCUGGAAUCAAUGCAUAAAACUAUUAAGUAUCAUUACUUAAAUGGAUGUAAAAUUGGAAGAUUGGAUAAAAGUAUAAUGACAAUAAGACGAUUCACACGUGAUAAAAAAGUAGAAAGAAUGAUCAAAUUGACAAAGGGUAAAUCAACAACAAGAAUACAGGAAAUUAAAAAAAGACAUGUAACCAGUAUUUCACUUAAUUUAAAAAUUACCAAGAACGAUGCAAAUACCUGGAAUGUAGAUAGUGAACAUACACCAAGUAAAUCUUAUGUUGUUAAACAAAUUAACGAGGAAAUAUGUUGUGUAAUAGUUUGUAGUACAUGUAAAAUAUGCAUUCAUACAUUUGAAUGCACUUGUUUAGAUUACUCCAUAAAAUCAAUUAUUUGUAAGCAUAUUCAUACUAUUGCAUUAAGUCAGGAAAAUUAUACAACAAACGUGGGAAAAUCGGAAUUAAAUGAGAAAAAUAAACAUACAAUAGAUACACAAGAAAUAGAUAUACACAUGAAAACUUUAAAGAACACAAAUGAAAAUGAAAACUUGUAUGAAAUAUUUAAAAAAAAAGCUAUGAGUACAGUAAAUAAAAUCCAUUUAAUUGAAGAUUCUGAUCACCUUAAAGAAGCUAUUAAAAAGAUAGAUGCUCUCAAUGCAUUUAUUGAAGCAACAUCAAAACAAUCUGCACCAA